UGCAAGGCUGCCUCUCAGACGACUGUCAGUGCUCGAGCCCACCACACGCCUGCAACACGCCGCCAUCAACACCUUAUUUCUCUCUGAGUGCGAAUAAGACAGCAUCGUUUCCUUUGCGUGACCUGCAUCACAAAGACAAUCUACGACAUGAUCCACAAGGCUGUUAUGAAAGGCUUGUUGGUGGCCACGGGGGUGCUGGCGGCGGCCUCCCUCACGGCGGGUCUCAGAUGCUGGCAAUGUACAGACUGCGAUGUCAACAAGCCACAAGUAGCAGUCUGUGAACCCAACGAAAGUAUUUGCUUGAGUUACAGAAUGCAUGAUGGUGUGAUGGUCAAAGACUGUGAUGUCGGCCCUUCCUGCACAUCGGCAGUGGGUGUUAUGAAUGAGGUGAUUUGCUGCAACACUGAUCUCUGCAACAAUGGAUCUCCACGCGGGUUGGUGGUGAUGCUGCCACUGGUUGUGUUGGGUGUCGUGGCCGCCCUCGUUCACUCCACCACCUAAACAGGAGUGCAUGUGAUUGACUGUGGAAGAAAGGAAGAACACUGCAUUCAGUCGCCGAUAUUUAACUACAUGAAGAUAAAUUGAAGUGCAGGGACAGUCUUUCUUUUUCUUGAAUUGCAAUCACAAUAAUUUAUCAAGAUAUUUAGUAAACACCAUACUUGCGUUCAAUCAUAAAUAUAAGAAGUGUAAUCACUGGCCUUACAUGUAUAUCCAUGCUUUAUGAUUGCAAAAUUGUAACUGUGGAAAAUAAACCAAGGGAGCAGAA